AUGUCAUCUAAAGUUAUUCAAGAUUAUGAAGAGAUAGGUGCUAAGAAAAGAGCGGACAGAGAUUCUAAUCUUAUCAAGGAGUGGCUAAUUCCAGAAAGCAAAUUACCAAAGAGUAAAGAUGUCCUUAAGUUUCCGGAGGAAAGUGGAUACCUAAGUAAAAAGGAAAUCGAAGUGACAACAUCCUCCGCGCCAAAAAUUGUUAACUAUAUUGCUGAACAUAAAUGGACUUCGUAUGAGGUGACCAGUGCAUUUUGCCAUAGAUCACAAAUUGCCCAGCAGCUAUGCAACUGUCUCUCCGAAAUUUUUUACAAAGAAGCCCUAACCCGGGCACGUGAGCUAGACACUUACUACGAACAGACAGGCAAGCUUAAAGGUCCACUUCAUGGUUUACCGAUAUCUUUAAAGGAUAACAUUAAUGUUAAAAAUCAUGCAUCAACAAUUGGAAUGGUUGACUUUUGUUUUAAUCCAAAAGGUGGCAUGAAGCAAAAUUCGGCAAUUGCAGCCAUGCUUUUAGAUAUGGGUGCAGUUUUUUAUUGUAAAACGAACGUACCCGUUGCAAUGAUGAUGCCUGAAACUACAAAUCAUGUUUAUGGUACCACGACAAACCCUUGCAACCGUCUUUUGAGUCCUGGAGGCUCGUCUGGUGGUGCUGCAUGUCAAGCCGCACUCAGAGGUUCGUGCAUCGAAAUCGGAAGUGAUAUUGGUGGUUCUAUUAGAAUACCAUCUUCAUUCACAAAUAUAUAUGGACUUCGCCCAACCUACGGAAGAUAUCCUACAUAUGGAACUAGAUCGGGACUACCUGGUCUUGAAUCUGUGCAUUCAGUAAAUGGUCCAUUAUGUGCCUCGUUAGAGUCACUCGAAUUUUACAUGAAGACACUAGCCAAUGGAGAUCCAUCCCAAUAUGAUCCUGGUGUUGCAUAUAGGCCUUGGCAGCAAAUUGACCUUCCAAGUGUCUGUAGCUUUGCUGUGUUGAUGGAUGAUGGUCAUAUAAAGCCUACUCCACCAAUUACGAGAGGUCUGAAGAUGGUUACGGAAGCUUUAAUAAAGCAUGGGCAUAAGAUUCUUGAUUGGAAUCCUGCCGAGCACGACAAACUUCAACAACUUAUUAGUGAUUUCUUUGUGGCAGAUGGAGGAAAGCAUGUACUCAAAGUUACAGAAGCAACUGGGGAACCAUUAUAUCCUUACAUGUCGAAUUAUGGUACAUCUAGCGAAAUUUCAGCGGGCAAACUUUGGGAUCUUCAGUCCAAAAGAAGUGCCGUGUGCAAAGCGUUUCUUGACCGCUGGAUGUCCACUGCUAAAACAACGGGGACUGGACAUCCGAUAGAUGCAAUUAUUGCACCUGUGACGCCAAUGGCGGGUUCCCCACUAGAUAAAUUUGGGGAUUAUGUGGGCUAUACUUCGGUUUUUAAUGCUCUAGAUUAUUCUGUGGGAAUCAUACCAGUUUCUCGUGCCAACAAAAGGCUUGAUCCUGUGGAUAAAUCUUUCAAACCACGUAACGCUAGUGAGAAAUUCAUCUGGGAUAAUUAUGAUCCAGAAGAAACGGAAGGUGGUUCCAUUAGUGUUCAAAUAGCUUGUAGAAGAGGAGAAGAGGAAAAGGUUGUGGCAUUGAUGAAAAUGAUUUCAGGUUAUUUAGGCAAGUAA